AUGUACAUUUUCGACCGAAACAAUAAGCCUUAUGAACAACAUCGUUGCAGGCCUAAGCAAGGAAGCGAAAUCCAAAGCCUCUAUUGCUUGGGUUGUAGAGGGAUCUGGAACAGUUGGGGCGAGAAUUUGAGAUUCUCUUUUCCAAUUGGAAUAUUCAUUGGUAGCGGAUCCUAUGAAAAUGUGACGAUUAGGGACGAGUACGACGAGGUCCAGAACAGAGCGCCGUGGCCUCCUACAACCGGUGAGAAGGGAGAUGAACCGGAACCGGAAAGCAUCCGUUUCGAGGGGUUGUGGUUUUACUGGGAUGAUGCCCAUGGCAAAUUCGCGAAGGUCGGAAUCACACCCCAGUUGACUAUUUUCUUUGGCAGUUGA